AUGACAAGGGAAGAAACAUUGAUCAAUGCAGGAUUUCGGAAAAGAACCACUUAUGAGAACGCAGAUGUGUACAAGAUCUUCAGUAUUCUCUAUGGUUUGGUUGUCUUCAUUGGUGGUGUGGCCUUUUCAGUUUCGCAUGCUAUCGUAUCAAGAGAAGAAGCUGAAAUUAUCAAAUACUUGACUGAUAUCUAUUUCACUUAUCUAUAUUGGGUAUCCAUCAUUUGGAUUGUGUUCUGUAUUAUUGACAUCAGUCGUCAUCAAGGCAAAGUCAAAAUCCCUAGGAACACUUUGAACAGAUUGGAUUCGAAGCAGACAAGUUUGACUGGUGAUGCUCGUCUCGCACGAAACAAGUUUAUAUCAACAUCGUCAGAAGCAAAUCAAAAAUUAUCGAUUACAUCCUAUAUCAAUUUGCAUUUAUUUGAUGAACCCGAAAAAGAUGAAUUAGAUGAUAACGACAAUGAACAAUCAAAGAUAAACGACAAUAAACUAUCAACAGACAAUAAUGAUACAUUUAGUUUUCGUAAUCAUCAUAAUAAAUUGAACUCUUUGGACAAUCUCUCGCAUCGAUCAUUGGUAACACAAUCACCAACAGAUACGACACGAGAUAUCUUUACUAGACGACGUGCUCUAGAUCCAAACGAACAACAUAAUCUCAAAACUUAUAUACACCAUCGAAAAAACACUAUUGUCCAACAUGUUAUUGGUUACAAUUAUGAUGAUAAUUCCAUCGUUGGUGGUCUUUAUACUCGUGUAGGUAUUGGAAUUUUUUGUCUUGGCACAGUGAUUCAUUCGAGUCUAUCGAUUCUAAGUAAUUUGGAAAAUCGUUCAUGUAUACGAUGGACAACUGUAAUCGACGAUUUUUCACGAUUACUCUUCAGCCUCACUCAAUUCUUCUUUAUUUUCAAACAUUCAAAUCUCAUCAUUCGAGCCCAUGAGAAUGUAGCUCGAUUGGCAGUCAUUCAUAUUGUGGUCACCAAUUUAUGUGUAUGGUUUCGCAUGGUUGUGAUUGAAACGAACUCGCAAAUUGUGGAAAUAAAUGGUCAUGAAAUGAUUGUAGCACAACACAGUAAUACGGCUAACCAUUUUAAUAAUGCCAGUCAAGAUACAAUCAAUCUUCUUCAUCAUCUACUGAUUUUCCAUUCUGAAUGUUCAAACUUAUUUGCCAACGGAUUACCAGUUACUACCUUCAUCCUCGAAGGUUACAUGAGAUUGAAACCAUUUUUAUAUCCAUGUACAAUUGAAUUUAGUCUUAUGUGUCUAACAUUGUUCUUUCUCAUCUGGGAAAAUAUCGGAAAAACAUUUACACAUAAUAUAUCUGAUAAAGAAUCAACAAAAAAUGUUUUCAUGGUCAAUUGUCAUGCAUCCAUUAAAGGUCUCUUCGUUGGAAUGAUUGUUUUCUCAUGUACAAUUAUUUCUACCAUUCUCUAUGCUGCUUUUCGACACAAAACCGGUGAUAAUAUCCAUUUGACACCAUCCUGGUUGGCUGAGACGGCUCACGAUCAUCUACAUGCUAAUCUUACAAGUACAGCAAUAAUAUCAUAUCGACCACAUUCAAUAUCAAAGACUUCGAAAACGAUAGAUUACAGCAUAGCUAUUCUUGAAAUCUGGAAUUUAUGUUUGUUGGCUCUUUCACUAUGUACUACUAUAUGGUCAUUCAUCAAAAUUCACAAAUUGAAUUAUCGCCGAACGACGACACAUGAGUGACAGAAGAGAAAAAAACACACAUUACAAUAUGUCACUCUAUCUGAUAGGUUUCGACGAUGUUCUCAUCAUUGUCUCAUUGACAGGCAUCU